AUGGGUGCUGAAAUUCGGGCCUCGGAGGUCAGACCUGGGGAGGAAACUUGGGUCGAUUGGGUGUACCUCAGCUGCCACCGCUGCCGAGAAACCCAGGACCGGUCACCAGCGGCCACAUCUGCACACCCCGAGCAAGGGGAUGACAACCCGCACACACUGAGGAAAGAGCUGACAGGCAUCCACACGAAAAACAGCCCUGUGAAAAACAAACGCGACUUACCUUGUUCCUGGGAUGGAAGACCCUCCAACGUGACGGUGUCGGCCAAGCAGAAGGGCAGCGUAUUCCGAGCCAAGCUCACAGGAGGACCAGCGCGGGAUAAAGCCCCGAGCCGCCUGAGGGAGCGUCAGCCCGGGGUCCGCGGGGGCGACCGAGGCGCUGCCUCCCGACCUCCUUCCUGCUCCGACGCCGCUCGGAACUCGCGCGCUCCAAAGCGCCCCGGAGGCCGCGCCCCCAGGCCACGCUCCGUGCUAGGACGUCUCGCUGACCACGCCCCCGCGUCCACGGCUCCGCCCAGCCGACACCGCCCCUCUCCGGCCCCGCCUCUCUCCGGGCCCCGGCCGGGCCCCGCUCCGCCGGCCUCCAGAGCACAGACACCGCCCCUAUGGGGCCUCGCUCUCUCAGGCCCCGCCCCGCAGGUACCGUCCCGCUCAGGCCCCGCCCCGCCGGCAUCCGGAGUGCAGAGCCUUGGGGUGGAGCUGGAGGCGGGCUUGGUGCGCGCGGCGGGCGGCUUCGGCCGGUCCCGGUGCCUGCUGGCCGCCGCCUCGUGGCUGCCGUGCGUGGCGCUGGGGUUGGCGCUGGGCUCGGAGCUGCUGCUCACCGCGCUGCCCGCGAACCCCUGCGGGCCGGACCUCGCGCUCGCCCCCGGCCCCUGCCUGCCGCUGAGCUACCACGAGCCCGCGCCCCGCGUCCGCCCCAACGGCACGCGGUCCUGCACGCGCGGCUGGCGCUACGCGCUGCCCGCCGCCGGCCUGCUGCGCAGCCCGGUCACCCGGUGGAACCUCGCGUGUGAGGACGGCUGGAAGGUGCCGGAGCAGGUGGACUACCUCCUGGGCUGGUUGCUGGGCUGUGUCCUCCUGGGCCCAGGCUGUGACCGGUUUGGCCGCCGGGCUGUGUUUGUGGGCUCCCUGGUGCUGGCCACGGGCCUGGGGACCAGCAAGGCCCUGGCCACUGGCUUUCCCGCCCUGCUGGUUUUGCGGCUGCUUCGUGGGGGGGGCCUCGCAGGGGCCUCCCUCGCCCUCUGUGUGGCUCAUGAGUACCGGGCUGAGCGCCCUGGCAACGGGACUCCUGCUGCUGUUUUGGGGGUUUCCAGCCCUGUUCCCCGAGUCUCCCUGCUGGCUGCUGGCCACAGGGCAGCCGGCCCGAGCCAGGAAGAUCUUGUGGCGCUUUGCGGAAGCCAGCGGUGUGGACCCCAAAGACAGUUCGGAGGAGGAACGCUCCCUCGCUACGGAGCUGGACGUGCUGUGUGCAGGGAGCCCCCAGCCCCGGCACCACUCGGUCCUGGUACUCCGGCAUACCCGCGUCGCCUGGAGAAAUGGACUCAUCCUGGGCUUCAGCUGAUCGGCGGGGGUAUCAGAGCCAGCUUCCUGCGCAACCUGGCCACACGUGACCCCGCCUUCUGUUGGCCCUACUUCCUGGAGGCCAGCCUGGAGGCAGCGGCCGCCAUCUUCCAGCUCCUGACAGCAGACCUCUGGGGGCGCCGCCCAGUCCUGCUGCUGGGCACCUUGGUCCUGGGCCUGGCACCCCUGCUGCUCCUUGCAGGGGCCCAGUACCUGCCUGGCUGGACGGUGCUGUCCGUCUCUGUCCCGGGGCUCCUGGCCUCCCAGGCAGCGUCCGCCCUCAGCAGCCUCUUUUCAGCCGAGGUCUUCCUCACGGUGAGCAGGGGUGCCGGGCUGGGCCUGGUGCUGGGAGCUGGGUUCCUGGGCCAGGCGGCCACCCCGCUCACCGACACGCGUGGCCGGCACGGCUUCUUCCUGCAACAUGUGGUCUUCACGUUCUUUGCCGUCCUCGCCCUGCUUUGCGUCCUGCUGCUGCCCGAGAGCUGUGGCCACGCGCUGCCCCAGUCGCUGCAGGACGCCGACGGCCCCCGCCAGGACCACCUGCCCCUGCUGCCAGCCUCCCUCCCCAGGGCCGGGACACAGCUGGUGCAGGAGGGGUGA